GGCCGAGCCAGGAAGCUUAAAGAGAGAGGAGGGGGAAAGAGAGCCGAGCCUGGGAACAUUUUCAUCUCCCACCCCGCGUGCACGGAGCAGCAAAAGCAGCGAGCAAAAGGUCUUUAAAAAAGAAGUCAUGACGCUAACGGAUCUUAAGGAAUUCAUUGAUAUGGAGUUGAUUUUGGUUCAUGCCAAAUAUAUGGUCUUGCUCAUGGUAAAAAUGAUGCUGAUGAGUCUCCUGACAGCGUUCUAUCGAAUGAGGAAUAAGGCAUUUACUAACCCUGAAGAUACCUCAUCGUUUGGGAAAGGAGAGCAAGCGAAAAAGUAUUUGCGGACUGAUUCAGAUGUGGAGCGCGUGCGCAGAAUUCACCUCAAUGACCUGGAGAACAUCGUUCCAUUUGCGAUCAUUGGGUUUUUCUACUGCGUCAGUGGCGUUCCCUACUCCACAGCGCUGCUGCACUACCGGCUCUUUUUUGGAGCGAGGGUCUUUCACACCAUUGCCUAUUUCAUACCUCUUCCCCAACCCUGUAGAGGAUUGUCUUGGUUAGUCGGUUACUUAGUGACCUUCUCGAUGGCGUACAGGCUGUUGACGGUCAGCUUGUCUCUGUGAUGGAAAAGGGCAUUGCGAUUGCCCUAAACAGCAUAGUUUUUUGAAAAUCCCUGCUUUCCACGAACGAUUUCCAUAUUGCUGCUUCUGCUGCGGAGUCCCUGAAUGUCUGUCAUAAACCCUAGCAGCUGCCUCUGGGCACGUUUAAGUACACGCCCCAUUCAGCGAGGAGUAAAUCAGGCGUUUCACACCUCACUGUUGACCCAUUCUGACACGGGUGUGACGUAGAACACACCCUGUGUUUCCCUCCCAGACAGAGAUCAUG